UCUUUACUGUAUUUAUAUAAAUAUUAAAUAGAAAAUACUUUGACUAUACACUUGAUCACACCACAAAUCCCUAGUUUUCAAAGCCGAAUCCACUUUUGGAGGCACUUUUUUGGAGAACUUGUUCGAACGCAAAGUCUUUGGAGAGACGAUGCGCGUCCCCUCUCUCUCUCUUUCUCUCUCACUCUACUAGGUCUUUGAAUUGCGCGUGGAUCCCAUCUCGAUCGUGGGUAUUGGAUUUGGGACGAAGAGCUUGAAAUUGAAAAUCAUGGGUUUGUUUUCAAGCCCUAGGAAGGGUGGUUUCGGUCGUUACCUUUUUGUCAUCGGCGUUGUUCUCUUGGCCGUCUCUAGCGUUUCAGCUCAGGAAUCUGGGGCUGAUACCGACAGGGAUGAGUCAAGUGGAUUAGAUCUGGGCCGGCGUAGCAAAAUCGUUAUUGAAAAACUUGGGAGUGAUUGGGGUGAUCAAGAAACUGUUGUUCUACCUAUCAAUUUGGAUUCUGGUCUUGGAGUUCUUGAUGCGUUCCUUGCCAGUUUGUCAAUGAUUAUCGUCAGUGAGAUUGGAGAUGAAACUUUCAUAAUUGCAGCUCUUAUGGCAAUGCGUCAUCCCAAGUCAAUUGUUUUGUUUGGUGCACUCAGUGCCUUGUUUGUAAUGACAGUACUUUCCACUGGACUUGGUAGGAUCGUUCCGAAUUUGAUAUCGAGGAAGCAUACAAACAGUGCAGCUACAGUUCUUUAUGCUUUUUUCGGGCUGCGGUUGCUCUAUAUUGCAUGGAGAUCAGAUUCAAAAGGAUCCCAGAAAAAGGAAAUGGAGGAAGUAGAGGAGAAACUGGAGGCUGGACAAGGGAAAACAACAGUCCGUCGUAUAUUUUCUCGAUUUUGUACACCGAUAUUCUUGGAGUCUUUCAUCUUAACCUUUCUAGCGGAGUGGGGUGAUCGUAGCCAGAUAGCGACAAUCGCUCUGGCUACACACAAAAACGCAAUUGGAGUUGCAGUAGGAGCUACUCUUGGACACACCAUCUGUACAUCAUUGGCAGUAGUUGGAGGAAGCAUGCUAGCAUCCAAGAUCUCACAAGGCACAGUAGCUACCAUUGGGGGUCUGCUAUUCCUUGGUUUUUCAUUGUCAUCAUAUUUCUAUCCUCCCCUAUAACUACAAUCUUGUAGACUAACCUGAUUGUUUAGGAGCAGUUGUAUGCUCAUCAUAUCCACCUUUUCAUUCUCUCUUUUUGUUAUAUUUUACUGAGGAAAGUAAAAUGUUCCAUUUUUUUAAAAAAAUCGAUUUUUCUGCAUAUUCUUUUGUACAAUAUUCGUAUAUGAAUACGUUAAUUAUUUUUCCCA